ACGCCGACCUGGUCCCUUCACAACCAAUUUGUUCUCGCUCCUAGAACGACGUUUCUACUCCAGCAUCAAUUCUCCAUUUAUUUUGCCAAGUUUUUUGAAGCAAAUUUCCAGACCCGAGUAAAAUCCAUCAUGGCGAUGUCCAGAAAUGUGUUUGGAAACGAGUGGUCAACUCCAGAGACGAAUGACGAGAAAUUUAAACGAGAAGUAGCCUGUAUUGUGGAAAUUCUGCGCAAGGAGCAGGCCGAAAAGACUGCUUAUUCAAAUUCGCCUGACCGAAGUUCGUCCGAUAAUUGUUCCACUGAAGAAUCUUCCCCAACUUCGACAACGUCCUCGUCAGCAGCGUCCUUUUCGCAGCAACAUUAUUUGCCACCGUAUUCAGCAGCUGCCUCUCCGCCGUGUUUUGAAGAAUUCGACCCCACCACUCGUCAACAACAUGGAACCUCGUUUUCUCCAAUUUCCUCAUCAACCUUGAACUUUGACCCCUGCCCAACCGCAUCCAGCGGCAAUGGAAACCUGUGGGAGGAAAAUCUGGAACCACUUCUGAGUCAGUCGGUGUAUCGGGCAGAUAACUCAAUUCCGCUGUAUUGUCGACGUUCUCGGUUCCAACAACUGGACGAAAUUCAGCAGCCAGCAGAAUUUAUCCCGAUCCCACCAAUCAGAAGAAGCUACAUUUUUACGGGUCCAGAAGGUCCCAACGUUGCGAGAGAAGAGGUGCGGCUCCACUUGAAAACUCGAAAUGUUUCCGCUAAUCCACAGACUCAGCAGAUGCCACAAAACUCUGUGCUCAACGCAUACGCGAAAAUUUCUCACUCCUCUGGAUACACCUCGUGCUUCCCACUUCGGAAAUUUGAUGCCACCCCCGACAGCUACAAUUGCUCUUUCGUCCCAUUUUACGCCGGAAAAUACUCUGCGUCAGUUUUCGAGAGCUCGUCUUCAGACAUGGCUGCUGAUGUCCAUUUGAACGGUCGGGAAGGUCAACUUUGCCCUUCCGUCGAGUUGGAGGUGUCACGGAAUUAUCGCCUCGAGUCUCAAAAUCCACCCGUCGCUCCGAUUUCUUUGGGAGAAAAUGGCGAAAAAUAUUGGGGCGUCACUGUAGACCAAUUAUCAAAUCGGUUGUACAUCUCAGAUCGCUCGACCAACGACGUUAUUUUGUUCGACACGGUCACAUCAACGCCGAUCCAUCGCUUCGGGGGACUAGAUCUCAGGAUGAAAUUUCCAUGCAACCAACUCAGCCGACCAACCGGACUGGUGCUUGAUUACGCCAAUAAGCGACUUAUAAUUUGCGACAAGGACAAUCAUCGCGUCUGCAUCUAUUCUCUGGAAGGACAGUACAUUUCAUCAUUCGGGAGACGAGGUCACGGGCCGGGCGAAUUCCAGUAUCCGUGGGACGUCGACGUUACUCCAGCCGGGAACCUCAUCGCUAUUUCCGAUUCAAGAAAUCAUAGAGUUCAAAUAUUUGACCGGUUUGGGAAUUUUCUCGUCAAAUUCUCCGUCUUUGAACAGAAUCCGUACCAGUACAAACAGCAUUUCGACUACCCUCGAGGAGUGUCAUUCAGCAAAGACGGUCGACACAUUUACGUCACGGAUUUCAAUACUUCUAAAAUGAUCCGCAUUGAGGUGGAUUCUGGCAGCAUGAAAUUCAUCGGACCUAAAGCACAACUCAGUCGUCUUCAAGGACUAACUGUCGACGAAUUGGGCAACAUGAUCAUCUGCGACUCACGUAAGAACUGCGUUCGAAUCUUUUCGGAGGCUGGAUCUCAAUAUCAGAUAGUGAACUCGGUGGGAUGGAACCAGAUUUCGAUGCCGGUGGACGCUUGCAUAAUGCGGGACGGGGUGGUCGCCAUAUUGUGUUUAAAUGGGAACAUUUGUUUUAUUUAAGAAAAUUGUCAAAAAUAUCUCGAGGUUAAUUCUUAUGUUGCUAUAGAUUUCCACGGUGUUUCUGUAUAUCUGGUACAAAUCUUUGUAUAAUAUUUUGUACGUACGUUUACUUAUCAUGAAUAAUCAUACUUUUAUAUGCUAAACCCAGUUAAUUUACUGUGUUAUCAAGA